ACCGACUUCAAAUUGGGCAUCGUGCGGCUCGGCCGGGUGGCCGGGAAGGAGCCGGCCGGCCGUGCAGCUGCACCAGCCACGGACCUUACCCUGGAUGGGAACCCUGUUCCCAUCACCAGCGGCGGAAGCUUCUGGUGGGAGAGAGGAGCAGAGGCAGUCAGAUGAAGACCAAGUACACUCUGAUAGAUGAGCAAGAUAUCCCGCUGGUGGAGGGCUACUCCUUUGAGGCCCGGAUGGAAGUAGACGCAGACGGAAAUGGUGCUAAGAUAUUUGCAUAUGCCUUUGACAAAAACCGAGGAAGAGGGUCGGGAAGGCUCCUUCACGAGCUGUUGUGGGAGCGUCACAGGGGAGGCAUCGCCCCCGGGUUUCAGGUGGUGCACCUCAACGCCGUGACUGUGGACAACCGGCUGGACAACCUGCAGCUCGUUCCGUGGGGCUGGCGGCCCAAAGCCGAAGAGACGUCCAGCAAGCAGAGGGAGCAGAGCUUAUACUGGCUGGCGAUUCAGCAGCUCCCCACGGACCCCAUCGAGGAGCAGUUCCCCGUCCUGAAUGUGACCCGCUACUAUAACGCCAACGGGGAUGUGGUGGAAGAGGAGGAAAGCUCCUGCACCUACUACGAGUGCCAUUACCCGCCCUGCACCAUGAUCGAGAAGCAGCUGCGCGAGUUCAACAUCUGCGGGCGUUGCCAGGCGGCCCGGUACUGCGGCUCCCAGUGCCAGCAGAAGGACUGGCCGGCCCACAAGAAGCACUGUCGGGAGAAGAAGCGCCCCUUCCAGCACGAGCUGGAGCCCGAGCGGUGACCGGGCCGCCGGACCUUCCUUGAGCGCGGCAGACACAGACCGGCGGUCGGCCUGGAGGUGCUGGAGGAGCCGGUGGCUCGCAGCCUGGCAGCCGCCGUGGAGACCACCGUCGCCGGGACUUGGUGGGCUCAGCGGUCCCUGCGGUGUUCGGCUCCGAGCACAGACAGCUGGGGAGGCUCCCACUGGGAUGCUUCUCGUUAUUUAUAUGUUAAUAUGUUUGUAAACUCAUGUACAGUUUUUUUGGGGGAGGCAGUGGGAGGGUUAGAAAUUACAAGUAGAAUCAUUUGCUGUAAUUCUCAAAUGGCAAACGGUCGGGCCACAUGUUUAAAAAGCCUAAAAAGUGUCACGUGACAGAAGCUUCUCCGGGCGGCUGCAGCCCCGGGGAGCGUGGCCUGUCUGCGGUCGCGUCUACAAGGCACAGUAAAGGGGUGGAAUCAU